AAACUUAUCUCCGUUGAUAAACAUAAACAAAACAAACAAAAAAUACCUACGUUUUAUGUAAGUAAGCAAACAUCUAUAAAGCCCUCAUUCUCUUGCAUGCUUUUUUGACUCUAACUCCAAAAACAAACAAAGAAGCAAAAAGAGAGAAUGGAGUUAUGCAAUGAGCAGAGAACUAUGUUAAUUGUGGUGUUGAUUGUAAUAAUGUGGAGCUGUUGUUACAGCCACGCCCAGCUGAGCAGUGACUUCUACAAGCAAAGCUGUCCCUCAUUGUUUUAUGUGGUGAGACGCGAGGUGCAGCGAGCGGUGACCAGGGAGCGCCGCAUGGCUGCUUCUCUCCUCCGGUUAUUCUUUCAUGACUGUUUUGUCAAUGGGUGUGACGGAUCAAUAUUGUUGGACGACACUUCCUUAUCUAUGGGAGAGAAAACGGCAGGCCCAAACAAUAACUCUGUGAGGGGAUUUGACGUGGUUGACAAAAUCAAGUCCAGGGUUGAGAGAGUAUGCCCAGGCGUCGUCUCAUGCGCAGACAUUCUUGCUAUCACUGCCCGUGACUCUGUCCUCCUCUUGGACGGGCCAGGUUGGAGCGUCAAACUUGGAAGAAGAGAUUCCACCACGGCGAGCUUCUCAACCGCCAAUUCAGGCGUUAUACCUCCUCCAACAUCUACUCUCAACAACCUCAUCAACCGUUUUAGAGCACAAGGUUUAUCCUCACGCGACAUGGUCGCCCUCUCUGGCGCACACACUAUUGGACAAGCUAGAUGCGUCACUUUUAGAGACCGUAUCUACAACGAAAGCAACAACAUCGAACUUUCUUUCGCCUUGUCUAGACAAAGGAGCUGUUCGGCUGACUCUGGCUCUAGCGACAACAAUGAAGCCACUCUUGAUAUCCACUCUCCUGGAAGGUUUGACAUCAACUACUACAGACAGCUUCUCAACCACAGGGGUCUACUCACUUCGGACCAAGUUCUUUACAGCGGCGGUUCAACUGACUCGCUUGUCGUGUCUUAUAGUCGUAGUCUGAACGCCUUUUACCGCGAUUUUGUGAGGGCUAUGGUUAAGAUGGGCGAUAUCAAACCACUCACUGGAUCCAAUGGUGAGAUCCGUAACAACUGUCGCAGACCCAAUUGAAUCUCUUACGUGUUUUGUGUUAUACUAUUUUUACGUGUUUUCUACGUCACCUGUUUAAAUAUACAUCUACAUUAAUAAAAACAUAAUAUAACAGAGAUCAUGAUAAAAGUUUGUAGCAAUGCAGUUUCAUUUAUGUUUCCGUCUCUUCUCA